AUGGUACCACUCUCGAAGAAGUUUUCUCUCGACCAAAUUCCUGACUUGAGUGGAAAGGUGUACAUCGUCACCGGAGGAGCAACAGGUAUCGGCUACGAAACUACUAUCGCACUCCUACAUCACAACGCCAAAGUAUAUAUCGCUUCUCGCUCGCAGUCGAAGUUCGAUGAUGUUGUUACGAAAGGGAAGGCCAUUUUGCCACGCGUACAAGCAGAUAAUCUGAAGUUCCUGAAGUUGGAUUUGUCGGAUAUACGGGAGUGUGUUGUUGCAGCGAAAAGGUUCUUAGAGGGGGAAGAGCGACUCGAUUGUGUUGUUACGAAUGCGGCUCUUUCGAUUAUGCCUUGUGUACUGUCGCCUGAUGGAUAUGAGAUACAGUUUGCAACGAAUGUACGAGUAGACUUGUGA